GCCACCGCGCAGCCUCUCCAACAGUCCACGCCCGUUCCACGUCUUGCAGCUGAUACGACUCUGCGAUGCCCUCUAAAUCUCCCGCACAGAACUUGCUCGACAAGGCCGACAAGAAGGCCAACUCCUCCACCGGGUGGUUCUCGUCCGCAUCGACCAAAUUCGAGGAGGCCGGCGACCUCUACCAGCAGGCCGCUAACCAGUUCAAGAUCGACAAGCUCUUCAAGGAAGCCGGUGACGCCCAUGCCAGGGAAGCCGAGUGCAGGGAGAAGUGCCAGGAGGCCAACGAGGCCGCAAAUGCGUGGUGGAACGCGGCCAAGGCCUACAAGAGGGUGGAGCCCAGUCUUGCCGUGCAGGCUCUUGCGCACACAAUCACACAUCUGACCCAGGCUGGUCGCUUCAGGCAGGCUGCCGACCGCGAGAAGGAGAUUGGCCAGAUUUACCUGCAAGAGCUCAACGACCUGCGUAAAGCCUGCGAGAGCUUCGAGCGCGCCGCGGAGUGGUACUCUCAGGAGGACGCAACUGCGACUGCGAACGCGUGCUACAAGGACGCGGCUGAUCUUCACGCCGAGCUGGAGGAGUUCCCCCAGGCAAUCGCGCUUUAUGAGCAGGUUGCGAACGGAUCUCUGUCAUCCGCUCUCACGAAGUACAGCGUUAAGGAGUACUGGCUGCGCGCAAGCUUGUGUGCACUCGGAAUGAAGGAUACCGUGACCGCUAAGCGGAACUUGACGAAGUACGGUUCUCUCGACACGACCUUCACGUCAACGCGGGAGGCGAAGUUCGUCAAUGUCCUCGUGGAUGCCAUCGAGUCGGGGGAUUCAGAGAUGUUCACCGCCGCCGUGUUCGAGUUCGACCAAGUCACGAAGCUGGACAACUGGAAGACGAGCAUACUGUUGAAGAUCAAACGCGGCAUAGACGCGGAGCCUAUUCUUUUGUAGUCAACACGGACACAAUCUUGCGCUUGUACAUCUAGGAUAUUUCUGUAGCAUCGGACGUUUUCUCCGGAAACUGACCACGUCCGC